UAGAGUGAGUGAGUGAGUGGCAUUGCAGUGCAGAGUGCAGAGGGGAAAGGGAGAGAAAGAGAGAAAGCAGAAGGCAUGGCUAAAUCACCCCAAACCCAACUUCCUCUCAAAGCUUUUGGCUGGGCUGCUUCAGACACUUCUGGCAUCCUCGCCCCCUUUCAUUUUUCCAGAAGAUCACGUGAUUCUUGCAGGGAAAAUGGCCAGAAUGACGUCACUCUCCAGAUUCUCUACUGCGGUGUUUGCCAUUCCGAUCUCCACACUCUCAAAAACGACUGGGGUUUCACCACUUACCCUGUCGUUCCUGGGCAUGAAAUUGUUGGUGUUGUGACAAAAAUUGGAAACAAUGUAAAAAAUUUCAAAGUGGGGGACAAAGUUGGAGUUGGUGUGAUAGUGGAGUCUUGUAAGGAAUGUGAGUGUUGCCAACAGGAUCUGGAGAGUUACUGUCCCAAACCUGUGUUUACCUAUAACUCUCCUUAUUAUGAUGGGACACGAACUCAAGGUGGUUAUUCUAAUUUCGUGGUUGUUCACCAGCGUUAUGUGCUCCGAUUUCCUGAGAACUUACCCCUUGAUGCUGGUGCUCCACUUCUGUGUGCUGGGAUCACUGUGUAUAGCCCAAUGAAAUAUUAUGGGAUGACAGAGGCAGGCAAACAUUUGGGAGUGGCAGGGCUUGGUGGGUUAGGCCAUGUUGCAAUCAAAUUUGCUAAGGCGUUUGGGCUUAAAGUUACUGUCAUUAGUUCAUCCCCAAACAAGGAAGAUGAGGCCAUUAAAAGGCUUGGGGCUGAUUCUUUCCUUGUUUCCUCAGACCCUGCGAAAAUGAAGGCUGCUAUGGGAACCAUGGACUAUAUCAUAGACACAAUUUCUGCAGUUCAUUCCCUGAUUCCACUGCUUGGUCUGCUGAAGCUGAACGGGAAACUGGUUACUGUAGGGUUGCCUAACAAGCCCCUUGAGCUGCCUAUCUUUCCGUUAGUUGCAGGACGGAAGCUUGUUGGGGGGAGCAACUUUGGUGGGAUCAAGGAAACCCAGGAAAUGCUUGAUUUCUGCGGAAAGCACAACAUAUCUGCGGAUAUUGAGCUGAUUAAGAUGGACCACAUCAACACAGCCAUGGAAAGGCUUAGCAAAUCUGAUGUCAAAUAUCGCUUUGUGAUUGAUGUGGCGAACUCUUUCUCAAGUUUGUAGAAGCUACCAUGAUUCUGCAACUCUUGGGCAUGUGACUCCUUAGAUGUCUUAGUAUUUUGGGAAUAUUUAAGAUUGCUAAAGAUGUCGAACUUUAAAAUUCAUAGCAUCUUCUCUUAAAUUGAUAGAACUAUGGGUUUAAAAUUUAUAUUUUGGGAAUUGGUAUAAGAUGUCGAACUUUAAAGAUAAGAGCAUCCUAUUAAUAAUGCUUGGGGUUUUGAAUUUA